AUGGAAAUCAAUAACUUGUUUGAAAGCCUCAAAGUGGAUCUCACCUGUCAUAUAUGUUUGGGCUAUUUCACUGAACCAGUGAUUGUCCCAUGUGGUCAUAGCUUCUGCAAUGAGUGUAUUCUCAACUACUGGAAGGAAACACACACACAAGUAACCUGCCCAAUUUGCAAGUCAGUCCUUGUAUUUGAAGACUUUUUCUACAACACUAGGCUGAAGAAUCUGGCUAUUAUUGGCAAGAUCUUAAGACCUUACUUGUUGCAAAGCAUCAGGCCCCUGACCACCUGCACUAAACAUGGGAAAGAAGAGAUCUGGUUCUGUGAGGAGGAUCACAGACUCUUCUGUGGGCCUUGCUUUUUAAGCAUGGAGCACAAGGAGCACAAAGUCCUUCCCUUGGAAAAGGCUGCUGGUCAGUGCAUGGAGAAGCUCCAGGCAAAAUGGAAUAUUUUGAAGGAUAAGAAGCAGAAAUUAAGAAUGGAAUUGGAAAGAGAAAAAAGGAGAGAGGUCCAGUGUAAGGAGCAUGGCCCCACUCUAAAAGAGCUAAUUAGACAUGAAUAUGAGAAAAUGCACUGGUUCUUAUUGGAGGAAGAAUGGCUAGAAUUCCAAAAACAGUAUAAAGUAGCAAGAGGAAGUUUGCCAGUUAAUGAGAACAAGGACAGCCAGUCCCAAGGUAUCCUCAGUCUGCAGCCUGUGGAAAUGCUCAAGUUGGACGGUGAGACUAUGAUAGAAUUGGUUAAAUCUCAAUAUGAGAAAAAGCACCAGUUGUUGUCAGAGGAACAACACCUACACCUACAAAGACUGGACCAGCAGGUAGAAGAAAACUUGGCAAAGUUUGUGGAGAGCAAGGCAAAAAUGACCCAACAGAUCCAUAAUCUACAAAAGGUGAUGUCAGAAAUAGAUAAAACUUUUGAUAAGCUUCCCACUGAUCUGCUUCAGGGAUGA